UGAUGGACAAUUUUUGUAUAGAAACGAAACUGCGCUUUGGCUAAAAAUGAUGGCUAAUUUUAGCCCGAUAAUGGCUCGAAGUUGCGUAUUUUCUUUGUGAAUAUAUAGAACAAUCAAUUGGACAUAAAUUUGCUGCAAGCCAUCAAAAACUAGUGAAGGAAAUGUUGUUUUUGUCCAGUGUUUGAUAAUAUCAGCUGGUGAAAAUGUCGCCUGUUUGUGAGAUAAAUUUAGAGUAUUAGGGUUUUUUUGAGCACAACAUUCGAUCACAACAAAAUGGUCUACAUAUUUUUUGUCCAACCUGGGGACAUGAUGACGUUUGACAAUGAGAUCUCCAUAAUGCAGAGUGUUGGAGAUCUGAAAGAAAAAAUUAAUGAAAAAUGCAAAAUCCCGCUGGAACAACAAGUGCUGCUCAUUAAUGGCGGUGAAGCUUUGGACACACAUAAAAAUCUCUGCUCGUAUAUGGCCGGUACCGACACUAAUCCCAUUUAUUUGUUCUCCACAAAUUAUGACAUUUCAAAAUUAGAUACGUUGAAAAGUCUUAACUAUGACGAUACUGAUUUAAAAGAGAGACUGUUAGACUGCUUAUCUCUACCUGUAUCAUUGUCCACUGUAAGAAGCAGAACUCUUGUCGCUCAAGAUUUUUUUAGUGUAGCUAAGGAACAAUUGGAAUUUUGCGAGAGUAUGGUGCAUGAUCAGCAUUUACAACAGCAAGGUUGGUCAGCAGUUAUAGCUAAUUUAGAAGAUAUAGUUACCGAAUUUAGGAAAAGAUGGGAGCUAUUCCUAAAAAUGUAUGAGGACUUUAUUGCAGAUCGGGAUGCUUAUGAUAAUUUUCUGUUAAGUUUUGCUGAAGACAAGAAGACUUUACAAAGAAUACCUGUAUUAGAUGCUUUAUUAGACUCCCAAAAAGAACUACUAGAAGGUUCUAGAUUUUCAGAAAACGCAACUAGCACGUCAGAAACUGAGGCUAGUAAAGAUAUUAGUUUAUAUGAAUGGAUCUCAUCGGUGGACAGGAAAAAUUCUCUAGACGAACUUUAUGAACUCUGCAAAUCCAAUUUGAAUAAAUUCGAAAAAGGAAUCAUGCCAUCACUAGAACAACAAAUUUUUGAUACGUUACAAACCGCAGAAAAACCUGAACGUAAAGAAAUCGAGGGUUUAGGGAAACGAUUGUUCGACUUGCAGGAACUAAUAAGAAAAAUCAAGAAAUAUGUUGAACACCAAUCUGAUAUGGCGCAGAGUUUUUUACAGAACCAGAACAGUGCAUCCCAUAUGAAAGACACAUCUAUUCUGCCAGAUUUGUGUGAGACGCAUAUGAAACAGUUAGAGUUGAUCAAGAUAUGUCAUCAGAAGCUUAUGGAUGACAGAAAUCGGAUUGUUAGGGCCAAAUAUGAACUUAGUAAAAGUCUAUGCGCUAGAAUUGGUUGGGUUCAAAACGUUGAAGACAAACUAUGGGAACUAGACUCAUUAUUAGUGUACUUCCACGAGCAUUUGCAAAGAUUACGAAAGCACCUGGAAGUCUUUCAACAACUUCACUUAGCUCCAAGUACUUACAUGAACGCAGUUGUGGAAGUAGUAAGGAGACGCUCAUUUUCUCAAACAUUUUUACUAUGGGCCUCUGAUCUUGCUUGUCAACAAAUGACCAUUCACAAUGAAGAACUGACUCGUAGGAAAGAGUUUGGCUCCCAAUUUGAUGGGCAUUUUCUGAAUGCCUUGUUUCCGGGCAUGGGGGAUGUCCCACCUGCGUUUGCCAUUGAAGCACCAUCUGUGUUUGAUGCAAAAUUGCCUAACAUAAGCGAGGAGGAUAUCGAGAAACUUAAAAAACUCGUGCCGGAUUUUGCUGAAAAUUUGACGGUGCCGGAUAUGAAUCACAUAAUUAGUUUUUUUAUGGGGAAAAUUUCUGCUACGAAAGGAAAGGAGGAUAAGGUUGAUGAUGCAAAAGGUGUUGAAGAUAAACUAAUACAAGCUGUAUCCGAUGUUGGAUUAGCUAGUUACCUAGACAAAAAUUUAUUAAAGGCCACUGGUGGUAGUGAACCCUGUUUAGUAUCAGCUCCUGGGCUACAACAUUGCAAAGAUGAUAGAGGCUGUGAGUCCGAAACCGACACUGAAGAGUUUGAAAAAGUUGGCCAAAGCCCACUGGAACUAAUUUUUCCUAAAAUUGCUGAAAAACAAGAUGCAUCUACUAGUACGGAGGAUAAUCUUCAAAUAUCACGUUCAGAACAUGAAAAACUAAAAAACUCGUUCCUAAGUUUGAGCAUUAUCGCUAAACAAGUAACGAAAAACUUGCGCACCGAAUUAAAUGAAUUUAAAUCUCAAUUUGUCCACGACUCCCAGUUACUCUGCAAACAUUACGAGGAUUUUGGUAGUUCGUGGAACUCUUUAAUAUUAGAAACAAAUAGGAAUGAGAAGGAAAUAGUGGAAAGUAUGCAGAGGCAAAAUAAUGAUGACAAGGAACAGUAUCGUUACAAUUUAUUGGAGAAAGAAGAUUUUAUUAGGAGACUGGAAGAAGAUAAAAGAGCAGUGGAAGACCGAUUAUUGAACACCUUUAAGCAAAAAGAUGUAUUAGAAGAGCGAUUAAGUGAAAGCGCUAAUAAAGUAGAUGAACUUUUGAGGCAACUACAAGAAAAUUAUGAAGAUAAAGAAAAAUGUCUCAAGGAGUUGACAGAAAACUUGAGGAUGGAACAUCGAGCUGAGUUAGAUAACAUUAAAUCCCGUUUUAGGUUAAUGACAAUGGAACGUAGUCCUUCCUUGACUUCAUUAGAACGUGAAAAAUCAGGGGAUUUUUCUAGCUUACCAGGUCACACAACUUUACUGGUACAAAUGACGGAAAAUUUCGAAUUAGACAAAGAAAAAGCCGUUGCAGAAGAAAGACAACGUUGGGAAACAAUUUUAGAAGAAAAAACAAACGAACUACAACAAAAGUAUCAAGAAGAUAAAGAAAUUUACGGUCAAGAUAUUGCCAAGCGAGUGUCUGAAGAUAAGGACAAACAAAUUGACAUACUUAGAGAGCGGGAAAAAAAUCUAAAUUUAGAAAUAAUAAAGCACAAAACUACCAUACAACAAUUGGCCGAGUACCAACAAGACAAAAUGGAAUCCGAAUUAUAUGAACAAAUUGAGGCCCUGAAACAGGAAAACAAGAAUCUACAGGAGCAGUUGGUGCAACUUCGGGAACGCCAGGAAAGUGUGGAGUUUUUAAGCAAACCUGACUUGACAAGUCCCAGUGAAAGCCUUGAAAUGACCAAAAGUGAUACAGUAUCAGCAAGACUACCCAAUUUGAAUAUUGACAGUUGCAAAAUAGGUGAUAUUGUGCUAGUUAUUUGGGACCAAUACCAUAAGAAUUUUAAGAUUUUACAAGAAUCAAAGCAUGCAUAUUUUUUGCACUCAGAGUGUUUAGAUAAAUUAGGGUUGAGCUUGUCGGAUGGUAAACCUAAUAAAUUACAUUGUACUGGGGAAGUUUUAGCUAAGGAAUUGUGUCAAACUCAAAAGAGCAACAAUAGAUUCAAUGUUCCAAUAGGGACAAAGUUUUUCUUGGUUAAAGUAAAACCUUUGAUGCCUUCUGAUCUCGCUCAAUCUCAUGUAACGGAACUUCCGGACCGACCCGAAGAGUUGCUAGCCAGAAGUGUGGAAAAGCAAUUCGCAGAGGAUAGUGGCAUUGUGGAUAAUGUUGAGCAAGCGAUGUCUGCUACAGAAGAUACUUAUCGAUUGAAAGAGGAAACAUUUUGGUCAGCUCAAGACAAUGACAAGUUGUCUCAGGAAAAAGAAAAGAGUCCUUGUCAUAGUUUAGAAAGUUUACAAUCCAAAAUUACUGUUCAAAAAUCGAGUCAAUUUAUAGAAGAGGAUAAAAAAGACCAAGAAGAAAUGACACUCCUAAAACAAGAAAAGAAACAACUAGAAGAGGAACUAGCAAAAAUCAAAAGCGAAAAGGAAGCACUUACGACAUCUGUAGCCCUUCAUGAAGGAAAACUAGAUGCUACUACAAGUCCCUUAGCCUUGUCUCCACCCACAUCGGACCUCUCUAGAAGUGAAAUAGUAUCCAGCAGCAGACCACACAGGCUCAAUAUCGACAGCUGUAAAAUAGGCGACAUUGUUUUGCUACUAUGGGAUCCUGCCCAUGAGAAUUAUAAAGUUUUACAGGAAUCCAAGCAUACCUAUUUUCUGCAUUCAGAUUCUAUUGAUAAAUUGGGUUUAUCCAUUACUGAUAGUAUACCCAAUAAACUUUACUGUACUGGGGAAGUAGUGGAUAAAGAGUAUUGCCAAACUAGAAAGAGCGAAAAUCGUUAUAAAGUACCAAAAGGAGCCAAAUUCUUUCGAGUAAAAGUUAAACCAAUUGUUGCACUUCGUGACUCAAAAGAUCUUAUUCAAUCUUCAUAUUCAACUCGUCAAUCUACGUCGAUGUCAACUAGUCAAUCAGUGAUUGCCACUUUUGAUCCUUUAAUAGAAGAACCUCGAGCUUCUACGAGUGUUACCAUACCAGAGGAAGAAUUAGGUGCAAAUAAACAUUUUGUAGAAGAUAGCGGUAUCGAGGAAGCUACUGUUGCAAUAGAACACAGUGAUCGGUUUGAGGCUGACGAGUGUAAAGAAGUCGUUGAACAAAGCACAAAUUGGUUAGAAGCAAUGUUUCGGAGCAUGUUUAGCAAAUAAGUUAUUUAAAGUAGUUUGCUGCUUUAUUAUUAUCUCUUGGCAAGCCUCUACUCUAAGGUGAUAAUAUUAUUUAAAAUAAGACAUAAAUUGAAAAAAAAAAAAAAAAUGGUUUUGUGAUAUUAAAUGCCUUUUUUGAACUGUGUAUCAAAACGAGAUAGGGUUGUGUUUUAAAAAAACAACACGAGGACUAUUUUUUUUUUGUAUAUCAAUUGAAAAAACCUAUAUUAGGUGUGUUAAUUAUUGUAAAUGACCAUAAUACAAUUAAACAUUAAACACUUUCAUCGGCUUGUUAAUAAUUUUAAGGAUAUUUUUAUUACAUUUUAGUACCUGUGCAUAAAUAGAUAUCGUCAUUUUUAUAUGUUGCGAACAUAAGAAUAAUAAAGAAUUCGUAAUA